CGUCUCACUUUCAUCAAGUUACAUAUUCACCAAAUAAAAACAAACACACAAUGUGGAAAAUACUAGCCUUGUUCUAUGUGUCUUUGAUCUGCCUAGGUCUCUCGGUUUCACCGGUAGACGCCUACGGUAGAAGGCAACUCCGGUUUAAUUCCAAUGGCCGGUUUAAAAUUCUGCAAGUGUCAGAUAUGCACUACGGUUUUGGCAAAGAGACGCAAUGCUCAAACGUAACACCCGAAGAAUUGCCUUACUGCUCUGAUCUCAACACCACCUCCUUCAUACAACGGACUAUCGCUUCCGAGAAACCCGAUCUCAUCGUCUUCUCCGGAGACAACGUAAAUGGAAUGUGCGAGUCAGGUGACGCGGCAAAAACAAUGAACAUGGCAUUUGCUCCGGCGAUCGAAGCGAAGAUCCCAUGGGUGGCCAUUCUUGGGAAUCAUGACCAAGAAUCAGACAUGACAAGAGAAACAAUGAUGAAGCACAUCGUGAAAAUGCCUUACACGUUGUCUGAAGUAAACCCUUUCGGUUCUGGUAUAUUCCCCAUUGACGGUUUUGGGAACUACAAUCUACAAAUCGAGGGUCCUUUUGGGUCGCCUCUCUUCUUUAAAUCCCUUCUCAAUGUUUAUAUGCUUGAUGGUGGAGAUUACGUCAAACUCGAUGGGUUUGCUUUUAAUUAUGAUUGGGUUAAGUCCUCUCAAGUGAAUUGGUAUGAACACGCCUCUAAAUGGCUCGAGAUGGAAUACAAGAGGUGGCCUUUUCCACAAAAUAGUACGGCACCGGGGUUGGUUUACGUCCACAUUCCAGUACCGGAAUUCAAACAGUUCAGCGAACCGAGGCAGAUGACUGGAGUGAGACAAGAGCAGACAUGUUCUGCACCUAUCAACUCUGGUUUAUUCACCAAACUUGUCGAAAGAGGUGAGGUCAAAGGUGUUUUCAGCGGUCACGACCACGUUAACGACUUCUGUGCCACACUUAAUGGAGUCAACCUUUGUUACGCUGGUGGUUCCGGGUAUCAUGGGUACGGAAAGACUGGAUGGGCAAGGAGAGUCAGAGUAGUUGAAGCUCAGCUUGAGAAGACUAAGUAUGGACGUUGGGGAGCCGUCGAUAAAAUUACAACUUGGAAACGACUCGAUGAUAAGAAUCAUUCUUUGAUUGAUACUCAACUUCUUUGGUCCAAGAACACAACUCUUGACGCAAAUUAUAGGUUUAAAUGCAAUAAGAUAAAACAGCACUGAUCAUUGAUUAAGCGGAGGAGUUCUUUUAGAUUUAUAGGUUGCUCUGGUUUUAUUAUUUUAUUUUUGUUCAUUAUUAUGAUUUGAUUUAAAAUAAGAUUGAAGACAUUCAGCUUGUAAUUUUUUUCAUUUCUGCUACAUUUUGCGUUCUAUAUUCUUAAUAGAUCAUUUGAUUUUUAUCUAUAAACAAGAGUCAGUGUGGUCCCUGAGGUCAAAAUCAGGCUAGAAUUUCAAUUCAUUUUAGCUCGUUUAAACGCCUAGACAUUUGAAUGUUUCCAUCAAAGACGGCAUGUUGUUUUCUGAGUUGUUCGAGCAGGACUAAUCUCCUUCAACUAGGGUUUUAUUUUUCACAUCGUCUCAAUAUAACUUUUUAUCUCGUUUCGAAUAGUCUUCAUUCACAUCCACUGAUCCAUUAAUCAAGAUUUGAUGUUAUCUUCACCAAUCUCUAACGAUUUUUAUAAUCGACCACAUCAUAUCAAAUUUAGAUAAACUCAGACACUAAAUGUUUAUUUACAACUCGCUAAAAUGAAAAUUAACAUUGAUGUAUUUAUUUAGAAUAUUUGUUGCACAUAUUUUUAAUUUUAAUCAAUGAUUUUUAAUAUACUAUAUGUGUUGGCAAUCUUUUUUACCAAAAAAAGAUUGGCAAUUUCUUAUAGAUUUAAUUAAUUUAAAGUUGAUAAUCAUUAGAAUUCGAAUUACUAAAACAUGUGUUUGAUGAUGACAUUGAUAGCACGACUUAGACGUACAUAUAUAAUGACAUGCAUCUUUUAAACUUCACCAAGUAAUUUCCAAACCUUUAAGGUAGAUUUAUAGUUAGCUACACUAUAUAAACCCUAAAUUUAACGUUGACAUAAAGAGUAGCUAAUGUAUAUAUGAGUUUAUAACAAAACGAUAUGUCAUAAUUAAUUAAACAGGGUAUAGAACUAGCUGUUUAUGGUAUACAUAUGUGAUAAAUCUUACUAUAUGAUCAUAUAUGAUAUAGACGUCAUCACAUACUGUAUAUGAGUAUAAAUAUAACAUACAUUUACAUUAAUUCUGUUUCUGCAAUGAUAUCUAGAUGUAUAUUGCAGCUUCCAGACCGAGAGACGAAAAGAAAGACCCAAAAUAAAUUACAUACCUGACAGCAAUUUUAUAAUUUUCAUAGCCUUUAGCUUUUGUGGUAUAUUAAUUACUACAUCAGAAAAGAUAUGUGAAAACAGAUCAUACUUUUUCAAUCGCCCCAAGGUGAAAAAGAAAGAAGCAAAACUCUUCUCUUUUCUCGUUUUGCUAAUUCAGACAUCACACAAUUAUAUAUAGAAGUACGUUUCUUAUUAUUGCUUUGACACUGCCCACCUCCUGCAAAUCUACCUGCCUAACUAAUAUCCAGCAAUAGGUUCAGAGAAAAGCAGCAGCGGCCAUAUUUACUAACCAAACAUAGAAAUCCCUAACCAAAUUAAUUGCAUGGACAAUAAUUAGUGAUGCAUAUACAGAGAAUACACUUUUCUAAAAUAGCCCAUC